AUGCAAUCUGCUGGUCCGCUGCGGGCUCGCUGCGGCGACUGUAUCUUCCCUGUCACUCGCAAAAAUCAAGAAAUUCAAGCUGAGUGCAAGACGCGCUGCGUGAGCAAAGACGGCGACGGCGACUGCGUCCACUGCCAGCUCCGGGCCAGCGCCUGCACCUUCCGGCACUCUCCCCCGGAGCGCCAGGCCACCACCGGCGCAGGCAGCAGCAGCGGCGGCGCCGCCCGGAGCCUCAGCCGGAGCCGCGACGAGUCGCAGGACGAGGUCCAAGUGCUCGUCUCCAAGAUGCAGUCGCCGGUGCAGUCGUUCAUCUCGCCCGCCGAGGCCGGCGCCUCCGGGAACAGCAGCAGCCAGUAUCUCCACCAGGCGCCGUCCGUCAUCGUGCCGGAGCUCGUCGAGCCCGAUCCCGAUCCGCUGGAGCGGACGCUGGGCUGCUCGUCGUUGCGCUUCUCGGAGCUGUACGGCUUGGGCAGCGACAUGGAGCCCAUCCUGAUGCGCCACCGCCCAUACGACAUUUACACCCACGAGUUCAGCCUGGAGACGCACUCGAUCCGCCGCGUGCUUGAGUACGACGAGGGCCAGGAGUAUCCCGUCACCUUCCACCUGGCUGCCAACGAGAAGGUAGUCAACCCGCACUCAACGCACGCCCUCGUCGACGCCAUCGAGGCGUGCGUGCGCCCUCACGGCCAGAGACUCCUCAACUUGUUCUGGCGCCAUAUCCACCCAUGCUAUCCCAUCGUGUCUAAGGACGCCUUCAUCAGCAUCCACCGCCAGUCCUACCGCAAUACCACCGCCGCCCUGCUCGGGGCCAUCUACCUAUCCGCCAUCCGCUGGUGGGACUACGACCCUGAGCUCUCCAUCCAUGCACCCCCCAAUUCAGCUCUCCUGCGCAGAAUGCUGCGGUCCGCUCUCCCAUCGUCAUAUCACCGCCCUAAGCUCUGUUCUAUCCAGGCCGCCCUCCUCCUUCUGCAGUGCCCGCCCGAGGAUCCCCUCAACCCCGAUCACACCUUCCAAUGGGGCCUUACCUGCCAAGCGCUCGCCAUUGGCCAGAGUCUCGGGCUUCACCUCGAUGCCACUAACUGGACCAUCCCUCUGUGGGAGCGCAACGUCCGCAAGCGCCUGAGCUGGGCUCUCUUUAUGCAGGACCGCUGGACUGCGCUGGCAUACGGCCGCCCCGUACAUAUCCACGAAGACGACUGGGCGGUCAAGGACCUCACUCCCGCCGAUUUAUCGGACUGUGAGUGUGAAGUAUCAGCGGUCACCCCAGGCCCAGGCCCUGACAAUCAUGGCAGAUCCAUCGCGUCCACAGGCAUAGAGCAGUAUAUGCAGAUGGUGCAAUUAACAAAGAUUCUUUCCGCUGUCUGUUUGAACUUCUACACAGCGCGGACAUGUCGCGAGCAGGACACCGUUACUCUCUUCGCCAAGGCCAGGCCGCUCAUCGAUAUGCUCACUAAUUGGUAUCAUAGCAUUCCUCCCACACUCCAGAUGAAUAUCAUCUACCAACGCAACUUCGUCACCAACCUUCGCCCAGACCACCUCGAGGCGUUCUGGUACUUCAUCUCGCCCUACCUCUUUUCCCUGGUCGGCUCCUUCACGACCCUGCUCCUGGUAACAUCUCUAUCGUACCAGGAGCGCCACUUUUGGCAGGAAACCCUUAACUCAUAUCUAUGGAAUCUGCGCAUGAUGAGCAAAAGCCACAAACCUAUGCAGUAUGCCCCCCUUAACGGCAAAGUUAGCCCCAUGGUGGGGAAUUAUGCAUUUGAUGUCUAUGAAUAUACCGACUUUGGUGAUUGGGGCCUGGCUGUGGGGGACAAAGAAGCAUAUGAUCUCCUCAGCGGUCUGGCCGUGCCGCCAGAUCCCAUGAUGCCCAGAUAA